CCUGCAAUUCCUUUCCGAGUGUUGUAUGUUCUGUACUCUAGAGUAAUUGUGUUUCUGAACAAUAUUUUUCUCCGCUGUCUAUAACCAUGUUUAUUGAAGGCGUAUGUCUAUAUUUAAUAUAUGUUAUGCAUGGUGCUUCGGCAGAUUUAGUACAGGAUCACCAAGAACACAUUUCACCCGCACAGCAAGACGUCCAUUUCGAUAUAAAAUAUUACAAUCCUGAAGAAGUACUAGAGGAGCAUCAUGGAUACGAUGUAGUUACGGAAGAAAUCUCAGCGUAUGUUCAGCAAGAACCCGUAAAAACUGGCGCGUGUGAGAAGACAACAUCGCUCGUGACGGCCACGCAGACGUCCGUGAUGACCAACACAAACGUUGCUUACCACACCGAAAUAAACGUUUCCUUCAUUACGUCAUCGUUAACGUCGACGUUCUUCCUUACGUCGGAGGUAUUCAUUGCCGAAGAAGUAACGGUGACUGGUACCCCCUCGAUGGAAAUGACAACGGUCUACCUCACGGAUACCAGUGUGAGGACGAAAGAAGAACAUAUAACAGAAACUUUGCCUGUCACGGUCGCCGCACCGAAGACUGUCACAGAGGUAGCUGCCACGACGGAGGUUGUGACUGUGGCGUCAACACGACCAGAGUUCGAGACUUCGAUAUCAACUGUAGUUUCUUUGACGACCAGUACCACUACCGAGGUCGUCCCUUACGUGUCUACAAUGACGGUGAUAAGCACAUACCAUGACAUCGUCCAGGUUGUGGAGACGGACACAACGGUGGUUGAUGUGUGGCAUACCGUGUGGCAGACUGCAAAGAAAACCAUGCUCCUGCAGGAGACACUGACGAGACAAGAAACCGUUACAGUAACCGACUGUAACAGGGACUUACUGCAUAAAAUGAUGGCUGUAUUUGGUUGAUUUUGCACCAAAAUAUACAUAUUUUCUUAUUUUUUACUAA